AUGUACAUCAAGCAGAUCAUCAUUCAAGGCUUCAAGAGCUAUAAGGACCAAACAGUCAUUGAGCCCUUCUCCCCCGGCACCAACGUCAUUGUCGGCCGCAAUGGCUCCGGCAAAAGCAACUUCUUCGCGGCCAUCCGGUUCGUUCUCAGCGACAACUACAAUCAGAUGAGCCGCGAGGAGCGCCAGGGCCUGUUGCACGAGGGCUCCGGCUCUGCCGUCAUGUCGGCCUACGUCGAGAUCAUCUUUGACAACUCGGACGACCGCUUCCCGACCGGUGGCAAGGAGCUCAUCCUGCGACGCACCAUUGGCUCGAAGAAGGACGAGUACUCGCUCGACCGCAAGGUCGUCACCAAGAACGAUGUCAUCAACCUACUCGAGGCUGCCGGCUUCUCGAGGUCCAACCCCUACUACAUUGUUCCGCAGGGUCGCGUCAGCGCCUUGACCAACAUGAAGGAAUCCGACAGGCUAAACCUCAUGAAGGAGGUUGCCGGUACGCAAGUGUACGAGGCCCGUCGCGCCGAGUCGCUGAAGAUUAUGAAUGAGACGAACAACAAGAGGGAAAAGAUUGACGAGCUGCUCGGCUACAUCAAGGAGCGACUCGCCGAGCUCGAGGAGGAGAAGGAAGAGCUACGGGGGUUCCAGGACAAAGAUCGGGACCGCAGGUGUCUCGAAUACGCCCUGUACUACCAGGAACAACAGGCCUUCCAGAGCCAGCUCGAGCGCAUCGAGAAUAUGCGCCAAAAUGGCCUCGAGAGCACAGAACAGAUCCGCAACGAACUCAAAGAUGCCGAAAAGACCAUCGCCAAGCUCGACGCUGAGAUCACCAAGUUGACGCGCGAGAUGGACCUUCUCAAGAUCGAUCGGCGCCAACUGGACGAGGAGCGUCGCAAGACGGCCAAGGACAAGGCCGUGUCCGAGCUCAAGGUGAAGAACCUGUUCGACGGGCAGUCAGCGGCAGCGCAGGCGCAGCAGCAACACGACGCCGAGCUCAAGGCCGUGCGCAAGGAAAUGGCUGACAGCAAACACGAGCUCGAAAGGAUCACGCCUGUUUAUGAUGAACGGAGAAAGAAGGAGAACGAGAUUCGACUGCAGAUGGACACUGCUGAGGCCGCUCGCACUCGCCUCUACAACAAGCAGACUCGCAGCUCUCAGUUUAAGAACAAGGCGGCGAGGGACAAGUGGUUGAGAGACGAAAUUGAGGACUUGCGCACCAAUAUCAUGUCACAAAAGGCAAACAAGUUGACCACCGCCGAGGAUGUCGCUCGACUGCUGUCUCGCGAUGAGGAGAAGCUCAGACACAUGACUGAAACGGCAUUGCACGAGAAGCACGAUGCCGAGAACAGGCUGGGCCACUCGAUGGAUGGCGCGACAAAACGUGGUCUCGCGACAAUUCGCCGCCUCAAACGUGAGCAGGACGUUCCCGGUGCAUACGGUACUUUGGCGGAGCUGUUCGAGGUGAACGAGGCCUACCGCCUGGCUGCCGAGCAGAUCGCUGGAAACAGUCUGUUCCACUAUGUGGUGCAAGACUCGCGGACGUCCGAGUUUAUCAUUGAACAGCUCAACAGGCAAAAAGGUGGUCGUGUUACCUUCAUGCCGCUCGACCAACUGAGGCCACGCCAAGUCAAUCUUCCCAGGUCACAGGACGCCGUGCCUCUGCUCAGCAAGAUCAGAUACGACCCCAAAUACGAGAAGGCCUUCCAGCAAGUCUUCGGCAAGGUUGUCGUGUGCCGCACCCUGGCUAUCGCGACCCAGUACGCGAGGAGUCACGGUGUCGAUGCCAUCACUCCAGAGGGUGAUCAGGCGAGCAAGAGGGGUGCCAUGACUGGUGGCUACAUAGAGCCUGGAAGGUCGCGUCUGGAAGCGGUUCAUGCGCUGAACCAGACGCGAGACUCGCACGAGCAUCUGCAGUCACAGCUCGAGGAGCUUGGCCACCGGAUUGAGCAGAAAGGGCAACAGAUCACACAGGCCAUGGGCGAGCUUCAGAAGGCCGAGCAAAAGCUCCGCCAUCUCCAGGGCGGGUUUGACCCGCUACGAAAUCAGCUCAGCAGCAAGCACGCUUACCUUGAGCGGGAGAAGGCGCAUCUCGAGGCCGCCAUCAAACGCCGCGAGAAGGUGGAGAAGAACAUGAAAGAUUUCACAGAGACUCUGGCUGCUCACGAAGCCGAACUCUCGAGCGAAUUCAAGAAGGCACUCUCCCCCGCCGAGGAGCGCCAGCUGAGUGAGCUGGAGAAACAGGUCGACCAACUCCAAAAAGAGUGGAAUGAGACGAGUCGGCAAAGGGGCGAGGUCGAGCGCCGCAAGCAAAUUCUCGAGGCCAACAUCAGCGAGAACCUUGAACAGCGGCUGAACCAACUCAUCAGCCAGGAGAUCGAGAACACGGUGUCUGGGCCAUCAGGCAACCUGAAAGAGGCGCAGCGUGAACUCAAGAGGCUCCAGAAGGCCGCGGACGAGGUGGAAACCAAGCUCCAGGAGACCGAGACUCAGAUCGAGCAGCUGAGCGGCAAGGUUGCUCGCCGUGAAGUCAGCAAGGCGGAGAACGAGCAACAUCUUCAAGAAAUAUCUGUCAAGGAGGCCAAACAACGAACCCUCAUCGAGAAGAGCCAGUCAAAGAAGGCAGUCUACAGUGCUCAGGCAGCGGAUGCCGCGAAGGCCAUCCGUGACCUCGGCGUUUUGCCGGACGACUUCAGCAAGUAUGAAAACUUGGACUCGAAACAGAUUGAUUCGAGGCUCAAGCGAGUUCGCAACGCCCUCAAGAAGUACCAGCACGUCAACAAGAAGGCCUUCGAACAGUACAACAGCUUCACCUCGCAGCAGGAUCAGCUCUUGAAGCGACGCUCCGAGCUUGAUGCUUCGCAGCGCUCCAUCAAGGAACUCAUUGAGCAUCUCGACGAGCGCAAGGACGAAGCCAUUGAACGCACGUUCAAACAAGUGUCGAAGGAGUUUGCCACCAUCUUUGAGAAGCUCGUGCCUGCGGGUCACGGCCGCCUCGUUAUCCAGCGACGCACCGACAAGCGACAGAUUGACCCGGAGAGUCGGGAUGACUACCGAACUGCUGUCGCGGCCCUCCUGCAGAGUAUCUCCGACGAGGCCGGCACGCAGUUCAUCUGCACCACCUUCCGUCCGGAGAUUGUCCUUGUCGCGGACAAGUGCUAUGGCGUCACAUUUAGCAACAAGGCGUCCAGCAUCGACGUCUACUCUUCGGAAGAGGCGUUGAACUUUGUGGACGGCGAGGCCAAGGGGCGGUAG